GGCCCGUUUUCGCCUGCACCACCCCCAUGUACGCGGCAUCCGCUCCCACCAUGGCCCUGUGAUUGGCUGCCUGCUGCUACUGGGUGGUUGCGAUCGCCGAGAUGGACGCCCCAGCGGUUGCUGAGGCUGCCGCGGGGGCGGGUGUCGCUGAUGCAGGGGCAGCUGCUGCUGUGGAGGUUGAGUUCCCCGUUGCUUCCAACCAUUUCGGUAGCUUCUUGGCUGGCCCAGCUUGUACGUGCGUCCCACAUGCGCUGUGACCUGCCACCCAGAUUCACCAGUGGUCACUCCCGUCACGCGCUGGACUUCGUCCAAGCUUCACCAACCGGAAACUGCUUUGAAUUGGAUGCCAGGGGCAUGGAGACUCCUUUUCCAUGGCUGCCGAUGCUCGCCCUAGCGAUCGGCCUCGUGAGCCAUUCGUACUCCUUCUCAAGCCUUUUCCCCUACGUGGGGUACAUGGUGCAGCACCUCGGGGUCACCGACGACAGGGAUGAGGCUGGAUACUACGCCGGCUGCCUGGCGUCCGCCUUCAUGGUAGGUCGAUUCGCCACCUCGUACUUCUGGGGCCGCUUCGCAGACCGCUACGGGCGGCUGCCCGUGGUGUACAUCGGACUCAGCUCCAUCGGCGUCCUGUCUUUGGCUUUCGGGCUGUCGACCGCCUUCUGGUGGGCCCUCACUUGCCGGUUUCUCCUGGGAGCGAUGAACGCCCUCAUGGGUAUAUCGAAGUGCAUGAUCUCCGAGAUCUGCGGGAAGCAGCACGAGACAGUUGGCAUGGGCUACGUCACAGGUUGCUCGUCCUUUGGCCUCGUCAUCGGCCCGGCCUUCGGAGGUCUGCUGGCCCAACCAGCAACGCACUACCCGAACGUGUUUUCGGAGUCGGGGCUGUUCGGAAGGUACCCUUACCUGCUUCCGAACGUGGUCGGGGCGAGUAUAGCCUUCAGUGGCUUGCCCAUGGUGUUUUUUUUCCUCAAGGAGACUUUAAACUUGGACGACGGCAGGAGUGUAACCGAUAGCAGGGUCGGGUUCGAUCUUGUCGCGACACCAGAACCAAGCACCCUCCUGGAAACCCAGGACUCGGGGAUGGAAGAGGGGAGGGGCGGGCAGCUUGAGAUGGCUCCGCUGACGCAGUCGAAUUCUCUGGAUGACGUGGACGACGACGAUGAUGAUGACGAGCAUCUCGCCGAACUUCUCGAGGAGCGUUCUGAGGAAUGCUCCUCGGCAAGGGCUACGGUUUCAAACGCCGCUGGUGGUGAUGGUGGCGGGCACAGAGCCGUCGUGCCUGAUUCGAAGGGUCGUGGAGCUAGUUCUGCCCGGGAGAAAUCGACUGGCGGUGCAAUCAAUCACCCUAGCAACGACAGGGUGGUUGCGCUUGGAGACAAAAGUGAAACCGCCAGGAAGAAGAUCGAUGUUGAUCGCUACGGCGUUGGCAAUAGUUUCGGGGACGGCGGAAGCAACCGCAACAGCAGCGGCGAUCGGUUUUUGCAGCCUCCGAGGGAGGCACCCAGUGGAGGAGCAUCGCUUUCAUCUCCAGUUGGACGGAGUGAGAUACUGGGCCUUGCGGGCAGCACCAAGGGGAACAAAGGUUACAGCCAACAGCAUCCUAGUGGAAGACGAGGCCACAUUGGAGACGACUUGGGAAACAGGGUCACCGGAUUCAGCACCGAGGACGGUAGCGACGCAAGUUGUGCCGCCGGAGAGAGCCAAAUAGCCAUGCGUACAAGCGCGGUCUGGCGAGAGUGUCUCGUUCCGGUUAGGCUGCUCGAAGAGAAGCGUGUCCGCGCCAUUCUCGUCGUGUACUGCAUCUACUCGGUCCUUUCGUUGGUUGGAGUGGGGAUGCUGACCUUCCAGCUUGUGGUGUAUCCCUGGCUGUCGAAACGAAUAGGGGUGACGGGGUCGCAGCGCUGGGCGUGCUUCCUUGCGAUCUUAGUGUACGCGGUCUUUCCUUUCCUCUCGCGAUUGCGUGGCUCAGGAGUGCUGCUGGUCGUCGGCUCGAUCGUCCUUAACUUCUUUUCCAACGUCACCGCCACUGCAGUUUUCACCAACGUCGCUCUGGCGACCAACAACGCGGUUGAACCCUCCCGGUGGGCAACCCUAAACGGGUUGUCCAUGAUGCUCGGAUCCCUGGCGAAGGCCGUGGGCCCGGCUUUUUUCUCGGCCAUCUUCGCAUGGUCAAUCGAUGAUGACGGCCGUCGCCCUUUUCCUCUGGACUACCACCUGGUGUUCUACCUCCUGGCUCUGAGGUGA